AUGGCCAAGUGGACAUCAGGUGCAACAAAUCUGAUGGAUCGCAUGAAAAAGAAACGGGCAAAAAGAGACAAGCAGCAAGGCAAGACACGGAAAGAACAACGUCGAUUUGAACGUGUAUUUUUUGCAAAGUUGCUCCCCCCAAUAAAUAUGCAGUGCCCAGAAUACAAGCCCGUGUCCGUUUCCAUUUCCAUUUCUCCGAUUCCGAUGAGUCAAACGCAAGCAAAAUAA